CCCAAUGCAGCGAGGGUAUGGGUGGAGUAUGGCUUCAAAUACAGAUUAAAUGUAUAGGGAGCGUGUCCGGUGCGUCCUGCGCCGGCUUUGGCUGCAGGAGCCGGAAUAAAAGGCUGCGCGCCGGGAAAGUUUGUCCUGGAGCUGCGCGCUCUCGGCGUCUCGGACCUUCAGCUCUAAAAUGGCUGGCUGGAGGUCCGAGGAAGGUCCGGCGCGAUAGGAAAGGACACGCUCGCCAAAGCGGCUGCGCGUAAAUAGACGCAAUUCUCGGCUCCGCGUGACGCGUCGUCCCAGGUCCGAGAGCUGUCAAAGCGCGCACGCAGCUGCAGAAUAUAUCCGCGCUUCGGACCUAGGACUGUGCGUAAUGGCGUCGUCCGCGGACAGUCUCUGAUGAUCUCCACACACAUUUCUAAAGCAUCAUUCAAAACAGACGGUGGGUGAGGAGCACGCGGAUGCGUUUGGGAAAUAUAAAUAGGUAUGCCCCAAAAUGGACUCUCAGUUGGCCUCAGUCCUGACCAGUGGCAGCCUGGAAGUCCAAAAUGGCAGCCAGUGUGGAAAGGAUGCAAAGGAAGGGACUGAUGUCUUUUUGGACCCAAAGGAUAUCAUCUUGCCCAGCACCAAACCAGGUAACCUCAAGUCCUGCUCUGUCAAGGCAGCUCUGACCAUCAGGCAAGAUGCUCAAUCAAUCAAUGGGAAAAAGCCAGAAGUGGGCGGGACUACUGAGCCAGCUACUCAGGAAGACGGUAAGAUUGGUGGGUUCAGGCAGCCAAUUAGAGUAAAGACAAGAGUGCCGGCUCUGCGCAAGCAGCCAAUAAGAAUCAAAAUUGUCGUCCCUCAACAUUGCAAGAAGCAAAUCACAAACUCUGCCAUCAGCCUGACCAAAGACUUUGCUGGCUCACAGUUUAAACGGCCCGUCUUGGUUUCUGCUGCAGCAAGGAUCACAGACAAAAACAGGAAUAAAAUGCACAUUUCUGCUGAUGUAGAUGGAAAAACUGAAGCAGGAUCUUCAGGGGAGAGAGGGACUAUUGUAAGGAAAGAUGGAGAUGUUUUGGAUGUUAAGAUAGUCCACAUGGACAGAGCGGAGGGCAGCUUUAUCUCCAGCAUUAAUGCGGUCGAGAUCCUGAGGCACCAGGUGAUUAAAGAGGGAGAAAUUGAGCAAAGUAUUCCUUUAAUUCUGCAUGAAAUAGACUUGAAGUCUUGCACAGCAUUUAAUGAGGUGAGCAUGGAGGAGCAGACAGAGCCGCUGGACCUGAGUUUGCCUAAAAAAAGAGAAAUCCAGGAGAGGAGGGGCGGAGGGUUCCUGGAUGAGCAAUGCUGUGAGAGCUCGCUGAUCAUGGAGGUGGAUGAAUAUGAGGGAGACGGAGACAGAGACAUGGUGGAGGAGGACGAGGAGGAAAACUCAGAGCUGCGUCUGAGUGGGUCUCCCUCUGCCCUUUCUGCCGAUGUCCUCUCCCCUCUCCCUACGGAGGACUGUGACACGAAAAACCUCCUUCUCAUCGAUGACCAGGGAAUUCCGUACACUCUCAGUCAGGAUGGAAUCAAAGUGCCACAAGUGGACGCUUCCGUGCAGCUGGAAGUCCCUCAGACGGAUUUACCAGAGGCAGAAGAUAAGACAAUGUCGCCUGCAUUGGCGAGUCCAAGCCAAGAUUCAGACACUGCACUAAAUGCACCUUUGAGUGACUUCUACCCCCCAACCCCCCCUGUCUGUGAUCUGUCCUCACAAACGGGCGAUCAGUUCGAAGCCUCAGAAGUCCUCGCAGGUUUGAUGACAAACUCUGAUCUAUCAGAGUCAAAGAUUAAAGCUGCUCAGGAGGACAGUGUGGUUUUGUCCACUUCUUCUUCUGGGAUCUCACUCCCCACUCCCCCCAUACAGAUCCUUGCAAACCCCUCAGCCAAUCCCCCCCUUCUCUUCCUGUCAUCCUCGUCAUCCUCCUCCGCUACUCCAGCCGGCCUCCCGGUAUCCAUCCCCGUUCCUCCAGGUGCUGCAUCCACCCCCGUGUUCCUGCUUCUCUCCUCUGUCCCAUCAUCGUCUGGAGACGCCACCUCUACCCCCGUCGCUGUCCUGGACCCUUCCACCGGUCAGUUCUCCCAGAUUACAGCUGCUGCCGCUCCAGUCUCCCUCCCUUUGUCUUCAGGACAGGCCAACGCUCUGGGAUCCCCCCUGCCCGUGCUGUCUCACCCUCUCAUCCUGUCAAACAUGAACAACGUGACCUCCGGUUCUGUUCUCACCUCGCUCGCCGUCCCUUCAGCCGCUCUUGCUCUGCAGGACGAGCAGCAGACGGCAGCUCCUCUCCUUCAGGCUCAGAUGAGCUGCUCUGAAUCAAACCCCGGAAGUGAAGCCAUAUCUGCCGAGGACGUUUCAAGGGAAACCGAUAAGCCAUUGACUUUUGCAGCAUCUCCACUACAGUCUCAGUUAGCAACAUUUGACUCCCUGUCUCAGCCCACUUUGGAGGCCCAAUCGCCCGCCUCCGACUCCAAAUUCGACUCAUCAGACUUUCCCUCUGAACACCUGCCUCUGGAUGACCACCUCUACUUCUCCAACAUGGCUCCCCCUUCCCCUCCCAUCGGACCACUCCUGUCUUCAGGCAAACUGGAUUCCCUCGACCCCCUGGACCCUCUCUCGCCUGGAGAGGCUUCCAACAGCCUGGGCUCCCGCAGGGUGCUGUGCUGCCAGCUGUGCCCUCGGAUCUUCUUUUACCUCUCUGAUCUGGAGCGCCACGCCAUAACUCAUUCACAGAAGAAGCCUCAUGUUUGCCAGCAGUGCGGCAAAGCCUUCAAACGCUCCAGCCAUCUGCAGAGACACAAGCACAUCCACACGGGCCAGAGGAACUUCGUCUGCUCCAUCUGCACUAAGCGCUUCAGGGAAGCAGGCGAACUCCAGCGCCACCAAAGGGUGCACACCGGGGAGAAGCCCUACCAAUGCCAACUUUGCCACACUCGCUUUGCGGAGCGCAACACCCUGCGCCGACACACCAAACGCAAACACCCCUACCACCAGGUGGCUCUGGAAAUGCUAAGCAAGAGAAAAGACAAAGGAGGCAGCGCAGGAGAAGCAGGAGGCAAAGCGAGCGUGCAGGAGGAAGAAGAGAGCGCCGAGUGGUACAGCUCAACCGUGUCGACUCUGGAGAACUCCGAGUCGGAGAUAGAAAGUUAACUCUCCUGAUUGAAGAAGGGAGUUGUUCUCAGUUCAACUGUAUUGAUGCUCUGAACUUUAACACUUAGGAAAGGGAGUGCUUGCAAUAUUUAUUUCAGUUUUUAAAGGCUGCGUGUUUGUAUGAAUGUACACGAUUCAUUUUAAAGGGCCACAAGCAAGUUUUUCCUAGACUGAAAAGAUUCUUAUUUACAUUUUCUGGAAUAGAAACUGCAUUUAAAAAUAACAUGUUCAUGUUAGCCCCAAAAGUUGAGAUUUUUUACAUGACUCCCAAUGAGAUUACACUUCCAUGCAAUCUGUUUUAACUUUUAAAAAAAGAAAAAUCUUUAGUCUAAAAUCUUUGCUUGUAAAUAUAAAGAGAACUAGUUUUAAGAGUUGCACUCCUGCACUAUCUCAUAAGAAAGAUGAAAUCUUUCGUACCGUCAAAGACACUGUGAGUCAUUUGCACUUGUAUUUGUUUUGAGCUCAAAGUUUAGUUUUUUACGUUGUGAACGAAGAGGCUUUCCUAAACUUUUUUUGUUGCACGUUAAUUUUAUGUAUUUAUUCUAUUUCAUGUAAGAUUUUGACCAAAUGUUUUUGAGUUAUUUUAACAUAAACUAUAUAUAUAUAUAUAUAUAAACACAUUUAAAAGAAAAAGUAUAAAUUAACCUGUUGGAAUAAAUUUU